CUUCGAAACCGGCACCGAUUCCGAUUGCUUGCAUCGCCAGCGAAGUCAAGACGGCGUCGCAAGUCACCACGAGGCUUACGCUUGCGCCAACGGGUUCUCCAGCCUCUCCCGUCGUGGGCCCCGCGUGUCAUAGGCUCGAUAGCCCCGCAAGCGGAUCCCUCCCCUGCAAGGCCGCGGAACGGAGCUGCCGCCGGCGCCAUGGCGGGCGGCGGCCUCGCGGCGGCGUCGGAGCUCGCCGUCGUCUUCCUCUUCCGGCCCCUCCUCGCCGUCGCCUUCGUCCUCACCCUCAUCCUCUUCAGCUGGUACGUGGCGUGGAGGACGGUGCUGGUUCACGUGCCGCUGGUGCAGGAGAUCGCCGGCCUGCGCCCGAAGAAGGCCGCUAAACCCAAGCCGGCUAAUCGCGGCCGCUUCGCCAGGUUCUACCAGUCCCAGGCUGAGGCCGCCCAAAGGAACAGCAAAUCAGAAGGGACAUCUUAAGGGAAAACCUUUACGCUUGGCAAUAAGUACCUGCUGAAGACUAUGCAUAUGAAUUCCUUGGAUCCCAUUAGAACGCAGUACUGCAGAUGAUGGCAGAUUUUUAGGAGAGAAUGGAUAUCUGCAUCUGAUGGAAGCUUCCUCUUGCUUGGCAACUGUCUAUACAUCAAGAUUUCACAACAAAAAUUACAAAACUGCAUCAAAUGUAUAUUGCAUGAGCUUGUAAAGUUGAGGACGUUGUACAUAUACCUGUACAAGAAUAAAGAGAACUGCUCGUCCUUUGGAAUAUCAAUGUACCUUCUCUUGUGCAAA